UUAAUUUCUUACACUUUCAUUUAUUGCACAUUUCACGACCUUGACUGCCACAGAGAAACAAAGACAAAAAGCCGCAGCACACAAGUUAAAAACCCUUCCAAACUCUCUUCUUCUUCGUCACCGUCAAAACGCGUUCAUUUUCCCCCUCUCGAAUCUCACGCCACUGGGAUCCCUCAAAAAUAUUGUCUUUUCGCGCUUUUCUUCGUGGGUUUUCGUUUUCCUGUGUCGCCGAGCAGCGAUCUUCUUCUGGGUCCGUGAAAGCUGAAAACUUUGGUGCUUUUUUUUUUUUUUUUUUUUUUUUUUUUUUUUUUCUUGAAGCGCCGGCAUUGGGAAGUGUGAUGGUGAAAAAGGAGGUUGAGAAGAAGGGUUGCGGGACGCGAUGGCUUUGGGUGGUGGUGGCUCUCGUUGCUGUGUUUGUGGCCAUGGCCAUGUCUUCCAAAACUUCUCCAAGAAUAGCUCUAUUUGGAGCCAUUGAUAGAGCUUGUCAAUGUGCUCGGGGUACACCAAAGUACAGUGGCAUGGUGGAGGAUUGUUGUUGUGAUUAUGAAACUGUGGAUCGUCUCAAUGAGGAAGUAUUACACCCUUCCCUCCAGGAUCUCGUGAAGACCCCUUUCUUUAGAUAUUUUAAGGUGAAGUUAUGGUGUGACUGCCCUUUCUGGCCUGAUGAUGGCAUGUGUCGGUUGCGUGACUGUAGUGUAUGUGAAUGUCCAGAAAAUGAGUUUCCUGAAUCAUUUAAAAAGCCUCACCGCCUCUCAAUGAAUGAUCUUAUUUGUCAAGAAGGAAAACCUGAGGCAGCUGUUGACCGUACUUUAGACAGUAAAGCUUUCAGAGGAUGGACCGAAAUAGAUAAUCCAUGGACAAAUGAUGAUGAGACUGACAAUGAUGAGAUGACAUACGUGAAUCUUCAACUGAAUCCUGAAAGAUAUACUGGUUACACUGGUCCAUCUGCAAGAAGGAUAUGGGAUGCUGUCUACUCCGAGAACUGCCCCAAAUAUCCGUCUCAAGAGUUAUGUCAAGAGGAGAAGAUUUUGUAUAAAUUGAUAUCUGGUCUUCACUCAUCCAUUUCAAUUCAUAUAGCUUCUGAUUAUCUACUUGAUGAAGCUACAAAUUUGUGGGGCCAAAAUCUUACUUUGAUGUAUGAUCGAGUCCUAAAGUACCCUGAUCGUGUGAGAAAUUUGUAUUUCACUUUUCUCUUUGUCCUGCGAGCAGUAACCAAAGCUGCAGAUUACCUGGAUCAGGCAGAGUAUGAUACUGGUAAUCCCACUGAGGACCUCAAGACACAAUCCUUGAUAAAACAGCUACUUUACAACCCAAAGCUUCAAGCUGCAUGUCCAAUUCCAUUUGAUGAAGCUAAUUUGUGGAAAGGUCAAAGUGGACCUGAGCUAAAACAGAAAAUUCAACAACAAUUCAGAAACAUCAGUGCAUUGAUGGAUUGUGUAGGAUGUGAGAAGUGUCGGUUAUGGGGGAAGCUUCAGGUUCUUGGUCUUGGAACUGCAUUAAAGAUUCUCUUCACUGUUGAUGGUCAAGAAAACUCGAGUCAAACACUGCAGCUGCAAAGGAAUGAAGUAAUUGCAUUGACAAACCUUCUCAAUCGACUUUCGGAAUCUGUCAAAUUCGUCCAUGAAGUGGGACCUACAGCUGAAGGAAUCAUGGAAGGACAUCUUUCUGCUCAUACAACACUGAUUAACUCAUGGAAAAAAAUUUGGUCCUAUGUAUCUAAAACUUAGUAACAUGCUCUCUUAUGAGUACUUGUAUUAUUCGUUUGAUGUACCAAACUGAGUAUUGCAUUUACUCCAGAGAUUAGACAUAGGAAACCAUGGUCGUAGUUUGGAAUUUUUCUGAGGGGUGUGAAACUAAUGUACUCAAAAUUGAAAAUAAAUACUUGAAUACAGGGAAAAGAAUUAACUGAAAGUAAUAGAAUAUAUAUAAGUUGAACUUGGAUGUAA